GCCGGUAUCAAAGAUGACCGGGAAGAGCAAAAUGUGGCUGCAAUUUGAAGAAGACCACAAGCUUGAAUAUAUUGAUCCGAAUCUCAGCAACACCAACCAACGGGAUCAGUAUGGCGUCUGCCACCAAGAAACUAAUUUUGCGCACCAUGCCGAUGGUUAUGCUGCUGGAAUAAACGAGAUCACCACGACGACCACGGGCACGACGAAUAAGAAAGUACUACAAGAGCACCAGUGAACAAGACGUCGGGGCCGGGUAUGAUUGAGCAGUGGUGGAGAGGCGGAAUCAGUUUCAGUGACUGAGUUUUUAGGAUGGGACGAAUUUAUUUUUUUGAAAAGGGGGAAGAUGACAAAAAGGAGAAGUAUUGCAACAUUCAAUCCUGUUCCAAGAAAAAGUAGAACGCUUGUACGGCUGUAGCCUGUAUCGACGAUAGUAUGCCAGAAAGAAUUAGAUCACUCUUGAACGCUUCCGUUUGUCAAUAUUACACAUCACUCUACUUGAGAGCUUCCGUUUGUCAAUAUUACACGAAUCUUUCCAGAUAAGAUCACUCUUGAGAGCUUCCGUUUGUCAAUAUUUACACAAUAAAAGCAGGUACCAGCAGCAGUACCAGCACACACUGUCUCAAUCGUCAUUUCUUGAACUACUGCUAUUCUUGUUUCUUCACUUAAUUAUUUCAAUUGCACAAUUUCCAGGGCGGGAGUACUUAUCUCCUAAAUGCGCUUCGAGGCACACUUAGGGAUGAUAUCUCUAGGCCAAAGAAACAAGGCUCAAUUUGCCACAGCCUCGCUGUGCUGUUUUGUGAUGAAUUGUG